AUGUCGGCGAAAGAUACCGCCUUGAUUAAUGAAUCGCAGUAUACAAAUCAAACGAAUGAAUUGCAAACAACAACCCGCCAUAAUAGUCAACAUGAAAUUCCGGGGGCACUCGACCAGAACGAAGACAAUGCAAUUAUCUCGGGCUGUCUUCCGGAGUAUAAUAAUGUAAAUAAACCACCUAUGAUUAAUUGGGGGAAGCGAGGCGAUGGACGAACAAUAGUUAUACCGACUUCAGACAUUACAGAUGCAUAUGAUGAAAUUACAACUUGGAAAAAGAAUGUUUCUCUAGUGCCAUACGGGAAAAUAGGAAGGGAUUUUAUCGAUCAAAUAACGAUGCAUAUAAACGACUGGAAUGGCGGUUCGGAAAAUCAACAUGUUUCCCUAAAAGCUGUUUUUGUACUUCUCGCCGUUGGGCUUCAAAAGCCAAACCCGAAGUCCAAGGCAAAGGACCAUCAAGAUGCCUUGUCAAAGCGACUUGCACUUUGGAAGGACGGUGAGAUCAGUAAGCUAAUACGUGAGGGACGAAUCAUACAAAGUCGUAUUGGAAAAUUUAAAGGAUCAAACCACGCCGAUAAAGCUAAAGUCUUUGCUAAGCUCGUGCUAGAAGGUCAAAUCAACUCAGCCCUUCGCUUCCUGAGUGAAACCUCAAAUGGCGGCGUGUUAACGUUAACUGACGAUGUAAUGACGCAAUUAAAACAGAAGCAUCCUGAGCCACAACCAGCAAAGCUCGGAUCGGUAUUAUUUGGGCCGCUCAAUGACGAGAUACCCAAAUCUAUUUACUCACAGAUCAAUG